AUGCUCUUGCAAAGGAUAGGCAUAGAACAUCUGCGGAUAUGGAUUCUUUUACUUCUCAUAUCACUUGUACCAGCAGCACUUAUCAGGGAUCGCAGAAGAACAUCAGAAGACUUCACGAUAUAUCCCUUCGACUACGGUGACCAAACAGAAGAUGCAGAAACUGCAUUUCAAAGGUUCGAAGCCUUAUGUUCAGCGAGGUAA